AUGGAGAUGCAAAACACUGGUAUAAGAAGGGAGACGGUUGUCUACAAAGAACCCGAGUCGACUGAAAAGUCUGGUACUGCUGGAGACGCAAAAGUGGACAAGAAAACAAAGCCUAUCAACGUUCUGAACAACGCCAUUGAAACCGGAAAUAUCUUGAGAAGCGAGCAUCACAACAUGACAGCGACAACUACUCAAGGCGACUACCAACCGCGUGGAAUGAUCCCAGUCACAGAGACGCAUGAGCUGCAUGGCCAUGGCGGCGGCGAAGACAAAGUCAAACACAUAGAGCACAUGGAAUAUGACACUAACAGCGAGCACGAGUACCCAGAUAUUUCCGACGACGAAGAUGAGCAUGAAGGCGCGUAUGAGCAUAGUGGUGACGAGGAGAGCGUUGAGGGUGACUAUAGUUCCGACGAGGAGGAUGAGGAUGUGAAGACUGAGCAAAAGGAUUUGACUGCUCCUUCUGCCUACAAGUGA